CGCGUACUCGGUGACCGGAACGUGAGACGAUAGUCUCGUUCGUACAUCGUGGGACUUCAAUCUCAUCAAUCACGUUCCCGUCACAAUAAAAGGUCACUACUGCUACUACUGAGAAACUGACUGAAACCUUCAAACACAGGAAAAAAACUUGAAGUCACUUUUCGAAAAACUAACAGCUCUCCUGUUCUUUACCACUAAUAUUUAUUCAGAUCUCAAGGAUUACUCAUUUCUCUGAUUCUGCCGAACAAAGUAUGAAGUUUGAGAUUUGUUAGUGCAACAACUUUUAUCGCACCAUCAUCAAAGGUUGUGCGCCACUGAGUGUUUUUGAAACCUUAUUUAAUUGUGAUGGAAAUACCUUGGUAUUUUGUAGAUAAGACUGGAGUUCUGUUUCAGGAUUGAAAAGUACAGACCGAGCUCAAUAGAAGAUCUUAUAAGUCAUGACGACAUAUCAAAAACUAUAAAGAGAUUUAUUGAUAAUGACAGGCUUCCACAUUUGCUAUUUUAUGGUCCACCGGGAACGGGAAAAACGAGCACUAUCCUAGCUGCUGCAAAGCGUCUUUACUCUCGUCAGUUUUCAUCCAUGGUUUUGGAGCUUAAUGCCUCCGACGAUCGCGGGAUUGAUGUAGUUCGUGAACAAGUACUGAGUUUUGCCAGCACGAAAACUCUCUUCGCUGGGAAAUUCAAGCUAGUUAUUUUAGACGAAGCUGAUUCCAUGACAAAAGACGCUCAAAAUGCACUUCGAAGAAUCAUCGAAAAAUUUACGGAAAAUACCAGAUUUUGUUUGAUCUGUAACUACUUGUCGAAAAUCAUCCCUGCAAUUCAAUCACGGUGCACCAAGUUCCGUUUCGCACCACUGGCAUUCAAUGAUGUCAGUACGUGUCUUCGAAAAAUUGCAUCAAAUGAGGGCGUCGAUUUAACAGACGAUGGGAUAAAGGCAAUUUAUCAGUUUGCAUCUGGGGAUAUGCGUAAAUCUAUCAACUUAUUGCAGAGUACAUAUAUGUCUUCAAAAACUGUCGACGGACCUUCUGUAUAUGCUUGUGUUGCAUAUCCUUCACCGACUGAGGUUCGAUCGCUAUUGGAUCAUGUACUGAAUGAACCGAUCAGUACUGCCUAUCAUAAUAUUACAGCAGUAAAAAGUCUAAAAGGAAUCGCACUACAAGAUAUAAUUACGGAAAUUCAUCCAUUGAUAAUGCGUAUUGAUUUGCCGGAUAAAAUACGUUGUGAUUUAUUAAUUGCGCUAUCUGAUAUAGAAAAUCGUAUGUCACAAGGAGCAUCAGAAAGAUUACAAUUGGGUGCAUUUGUUUCAGCAUUUACUCGAGCGAAAAUGGCACUAGAGUCCAAGAUUUCCUAAACAAGAGUUUUCUAUUUUAAUUUUGUUCCUAUGUUUAAUAAAUCAAUAAUUGUAA